AAUCUGCUGAGUUCGAAUGAGGAUCCUCUGCCGGAAUACAAAACCGCAUCUGUGAAGAAAAGCCGUUUCAUUAUAUCUCACUAUGGUAUAUUCAAAAGUGCCUGGGAUUGGUUAAUCUUAAUAGCUACGUUUUAUGUAGCUGUUGUCGUUCCCUAUAAUGCCAGUUUCGAAACAGAACGACCUUCGGUUGUGUUGGACGUCUUUGUCGAAGCUCUAUUUUUUAUAGAUAUUUUACUAAAUUUUCGUACAACUUUUGUAAAUAGAAAAGGAGAAGUUGUUUCAGCAUGGAAAAUAAUAGCUGUCAAUUAUUUAAGAACGUGGUUUGUAGUGGAUUUAUUGGCUGCACUUCCUUUUGAUCUACUGUAUGCUCUAUAUGGAACUGAAAGCUCUGGAACUCUCAGCAGUUCUCACACUCAUCUUAUAAAACUUACAAGACUUCUACGUCUUGCGAGGCUUCUGCAAAAAAUGGACAGAUAUUCUCAGUACAGUGCAAUGAUCCUUACACUCCUUAUGCUUUUUUUUACAUUGGUAGCUCAUUGGUUGGCGUGUAUAUGGUACGUUAUUGCAGAGAAAGAAGUUGAUUCAGAUUUAGGUUGGAUUCACACUUUGGCCGAAAGGUUACAUGUUCCGCAUGUUUACAACAUAACGAACCUAGAUGCCUACGUUACGGCUCUAUACUUCACCUGUUCGAGUUUAACUAGUGUUGGAUUUGGAAAUGUUAGUGCCAAUACUACAUAUGAGAAGAUUUUUAGUAUAUGUGUAAUGCUAAUCGGAGCCUUGAUGCAUGCCGUCGUCUUUGGUAAUGUUACGGCAAUUAUUCAACGGAUGUAUUCCCGCCGUUCUAUCUAUCAACAAAAAUGGCGCGACCUUAAGGACUUUCUUACAUUACACCAAAUUCCAAAGGAACUUAAACAAAGGAUGCAGGAUUAUUUUCAAACGAUGUGGUCGCUUAAUCAUGGCAUUGACAUUCACGAAACUCUAAAAGAGUUUCCCGAAGAAUUACGUGGCGACGUAUCGAUGCAUCUACAUCGAGAGAUCCUACAACUUCCCAUAUUUGAAGCAGCCUCUCAAGGGUGUCUAAAACUCUUGUCGCUGCAUAUCCGAUCAAAUUUCUGUGCCCCGGGAGAAUACCUUAUCCAUAAAGGGGAUGCGUUGAGUUCCAUUUAUUACAUUUGUAACGGAUCCAUGGAGGUGGUACAGAAUAAUAUGGUUGUUGCUAUCUUGGGAAAAGGAGAUUUAGUAGGCAGCGAUAUCAACAUGCAUCUUCAAUUUUCAUCAAACGGUCCCUCUAACGAUCAACGUACCUCAAAUAUGAAUGAUAUUGUGAUAAAAUCAAGCAGCGACGUCCGUGCUCUCACAUACUGCGAUCUCAAGUGUGUUAAUAUACAUGGAUUAGUAGAUGUUCUCAAACUAUAUCCAGAAUAUCAACAGCAAUUUGCUAAUGACAUCCAGCACGAUCUCACUUUUAAUGUAAGGGAAGGUUAUGAAGCAGAGGCGGAGUCUGAAGGAAAUGGAAAUCCAACUCUUACUCUUCCAAGUAUUAGUGAGGAUGACGAGAAUGCAAAUGAAGAAGGUGAAACGUCCCCUUUAUCACCAAAUAGGUCGCCAUUGCAUAUACUCUCUAAUAGUCCUAGACACGUCAAAUUAAAUUCAAGAUUACAAGAAUUUCAAGAAAGUAUAAGAAAACCUAGAAUGGGUGGCAUAUCUACUAGCCACUUAGCUCUGCUUAGACAAAGGGUGGAACGACAACACAACGUAAAUGCGCAACAUCGCUCAUCAAAAACUAGUUCUAUAGAUGAAAGUAAUUGCGAGUUAAAGAGCGACACGGAAAAUUCCAGAAAUGGUAUGGAUAGCUUAGACCAGGAAAUUACAACUUUACACAAAGAUGUAGCCACACUUAGUGCUGAGGUACGAAAUGCUAUCCAGGCUCUACAAGAAAUGGUUACUCCAUCCUCCUGUAACACGUCAGUCAUUAAUUACUCAGCUCAAUCAAAUCCUAACAUAGCCCAAUUUCAUCACAGUCCUUCGGGCAACGAACUGUUAGCCAGAAGUAACUCUCAUCCACCAGAAAUGUUCUGCUGGGAAGGACCACCAUCACCUCCCUUUGAGCCGAUAAGAACGUAUAUUGAUUCCGAGACUCAAACUGAAUCUCUUGUUACCAUAAUACGACGGUACAUCAUUGAAAAUCCUAAACAAGUACUCGAAAUUUUAGGAUUCGAACCGAAUAAAAUAAUAAAUUUAGUGGAAAUUAAAAAAAGUCGUAGUAUCCCCGAUUACACAUCGCGGUUAAAAAAUAUUGAUGGUGUUUCAAAUUUAGGUGAUAAUGUCAUUAAUCAUGCAGACAUGUGUCUUGUUGAUUUGCAGAGUAAUGUAAAUGACGCUAGAUGUGAUAAUGUUCCAUAUUUAUGGAAUAAAUAA